AUGUCUGUUUGCAAUAGUAGCAGUGCUGAUUGUUUAACAACAUUAGAACGUGAUGGACCAACGUAUGGAAUUUCAUUUACACGUACUCAAGCUGAUACAUUAUUUCGACAACAUUUAAAUCAGAAUAUAGCAUCAUUUGAAUUUAUCGAUACUGGCUAUAAUAAUUUGAUUUUUUUUAUUAAUACUGUGGAAAAUACGGAACGUUAUGUACUUAAAAUUGGUGGUCGCUAUUGGAAUAGAAUUAAGACUGAAGCAGAAGUAAAAGCAUUAGAAUUACUUACAAAAUAUACUACCAUACCUGUACCGAAAGUUCUUGCUUAUUCCAGUGAUCGAAAUAAUGAAUAUGGUGUCGAAUGGAUAUUGAUGACACGUUUACCUGGUAAAAAUAUGAGUAUAGUAUGCAAAAUGCACGAAUUAAGUUUCAAUGCCAAAAAAUCAAUUAUGCGAGAUUUAGCUGAUUAUGUUGCACAAAUGCAUUUUCGAAUACCACGUUUUAAUCAAAUUGGUGCAUUUAGAAUCGAUGGAGAAAUCGACACUGAUCUUAAUCAACUCGGGCCAUGGUCGACUUAUGAACAAUUUCUACGUGAUCGAGUCCAAGCAGAUGCUAUCACUCUUAGUAAAGAUCCUGUUUUUGCACCUAUCAAAGAUUCCAUGCUUGAUGCUAUUCAUCAAUUUGAUAAACUAAGAUUUCCAUCGUUGAUAAAUUUACCCUUUGUAUUUUCACAUGGUGAUCUUGAUAUACAGAAUAUUUUAAUAUCGACCGAUGAUCUCGAAUCACCUCGUAUUACAGGUAUUGUCGAUUGGGAAUGGGCUGGUUCAUUUCCUUGUUCUGAAGAAUAUUUUACUUCAUAUCAAUAUUUUCUGCAAGAUGAUAACAAUGAUAAUAUUCGAAUAUUCUUCUUUGAAGAAUUAGAGAAACGAAAUAUUUUAACACCAAGAACAAUUGAACGAUUUUCUUUGCUUGAAAAAUUUAAUCAACUUGUAACCAAUAUAGCAUUAUGGGAUCUUACUGAUUUAAUUAAUCCAGCGCAUCCUCUUGUGAAGAAAAAAUUAGACAGUAGUCUUUCUACUGUACAAGCAGUCAUAUUAGAAUUAAAAGAUGAAUUAAAAUAA